CAUAUCUGUGUAAGUUUUCAAAGAAAUUUUCUUUCUUUUGUAUGUAUGAAACUGAACAUCACUUUUAAAGCCCAAUAUCUGUGCAGUAGCGAACAUGGCCCCCACAUCUCGUCAACCCAUACUGUUUCCGGAGCUAGAGGACAUUGAGUUUUGUAGCUGUAGAGCAGACCUGGUUACCCAGCACGACGGUGAGGUGUAUGUGUGUAAUCCAGAUAAUUCUCAUUGUUAUAUCUUCUAUCACAGAGAUCUACAGCCUGACAAACCCCUUCAAACACAGGAGUUGAUGUUGUCGCAAAUACCAAGUUUCACGAUAUCCCAUAUAUCGGUGAGUCCUAAGGGACAAAAGUUGCUGCUUUGGGGUGAGCACGGCAUUGCUGUAGUUGAAAUUCCAAGACGGAGGAAACCCAACGGAAUCACUACCUGCAGGUGUACGUUCAUUGCAGCCAGAUUUUUUCAAGGACAUACGAAGAUAUCGGCGGCUGAUGUUAAGUGGCACUUUGGACAUACUGAGGACACUCACCUCGUCGCCCUUACUUCAGACAAUAUUUUGAGAGUGUACUCCACGGAGGAGCCAGCCUGUGCAAUUGCAAGCUACCCCCUCUUCAACACGGACAGUAUCAUACCUUAUCUACACUGCCUAAACGUGUCUGCCGGCCCAUCUUUGCUAUCCGCGCAAGCUGGGAGUAUGGUUUCGUUUACGUUUGGGCCAGUGGUCGAAGGGGAAGAAGCUGUUACUGUAUUUGUUUUGGAGGAAAAUUCUGAUGUGUUUACUUUAAGUCUCCCAUUAAAUAAUAAUAGAACUUCUAGGAGUGAGCUGAGAGGACCUUUAAAAGUUCUGCCUCCCGAUAACGAGAAUUACGAACUAGAUGCUUGUUCUAUUCUGUGUUUGCAGUCCAACCCUCCUGUUCUUGCCGUUGCUACACUUUCUGGUACUCUCCAACACUUGGCUCUUCUUCAGGACUCUGAGGUUGAAGAAGAGGAGUGUUUGUACCUGCUGGAGACAGUUGAAAUAGAGCUACCAGAUUUAGUGGAGGAGGAAGGAGAGAGCACGUGUACACAAAGUAGUGACGAGGAUGUCAGUGCUAUCAGUCUGAUCCCUGAUCCCACUGCUCGAGACCGGUAUUUUGUCCGGCACAAUACCGGAAUACACAGUGUUUUUCUUCCCGCAGUUCAACGUCUAGAGCACUUUGUAAAAGCAGAGGACGGUGAGCUCAACCUGGAGUGUGAGUGUGUUGCUGAGCACAUGUUGUGUGUGCAGCCGGUGGGAGCCGGGGACCCUACUUGUCUGUUUGGCAGCACUGUAGUCCAGGACCCAAUGUUAGGUGCUCACCUACUCGUCCUCAUCAGCAACGCUGAGUUUAUAUCUCUACCUAUCAGAUCGGUACACCGAGAAGAGAUACCCCUGUUAUCAGGCGGAGACAAAUCCUCACACUGUGCUAGUCCAAUGAAACAAGUCCACUCUCAACUGUUCAGUCAGAAGCUACAGGGAAUACUGGCUAGGAACAUCAGUAACCCCUUGUUAAGGUGUGGCAACAGUGCGGGGAUGUCCCAGAAAGCGUUACUGGAACUUCUCAUGAAGAGCACGCAAGUUUUUAGGGAAGAGUACAUCGCUAAACAGAGCAAGGCUAGAGGAGAACUGCUCCAUCACAUGUCAUUAUUACAGGAACAACAAACUCAGCACAAGAGUGAGUUAUCAGAACUUCAAAACUCCGUGUCAGAGUUAGCGGGUGAAUCAGAAAAACUCUGCGACAGAUCAAGCAGAAUAUCAAAACGCCAGCAACUGCUGAGACAGCGAGUAUCCGGUGUGAUGCGAGAAGUUCAAAACCUGCUCCCUGACUUAUCUUCAGCUGAGCUAUCCUUCAAAGAAGAGAUGCACUCAAUGUCCCGGUCCCUUAAAUCCCUUAAACAGGACGCUGAGCAACUUCAUCAGAAAUUGAAGUUCCAGAACAAAACUGGUAAAAACCUGCCCUCGCUGUCUGAUGAGCAGCAGGACCGUGUUAGGGCUAUUCUUAAAGAAAAUGAUAAUCAAAUAAAUUCGUUGGUUUCAAGGAUCAAAUCUACUAAUGCUCAGUUCUCGUGACAUUGAUGGCAACUAUUAUGGACGAUUACGUUUUCAUCUGAUGAACUGAUAUGGUUAAACAAUAAACAUGGUAUAAAUAAUUUUACUGACUCCUCUUUCGACAUACUUCGUGUUAUUGCUAUUUAUAAAAUAAAACUAGAAGAAUCCCAGGGGACACUUUUAAGUUUUUAUAAUAUUGAUUUUGACAAGUUCAUAUUAUUGAGAUGUGUUUAUUUAUUAAAGUUUGAAGUCUGAACACAUAAUAAACAAUUUUGUUUCAUUUGAAUAACGUUCAUUUAUAAUCCC